CUACGUCCUGAGAGAUUGUGAAUACGUAAUAUUUGAGAGACAAUUUGUUUACAUCAUGGCGUCGGUGGAUUUUAGAGACAACCUCCUUUGGAUAUCCUGGGUAGAUAGCGGCUGGGUGCCGAUUCUUAACCCUGGAAAUGUGCUGGACUACUUCUCUGAGAGAAGCAACCCAUUCUACGACCGAACCUGCAAUAAUGAAGUAGUGAAGAUGCAGCGGCUCACCCUGGAGCAUCUCAAUCAGAUGGUCGGCGUGGAGUAUAUUCUUCUUCAUGCCCAAGAACCAAUUCUUUAUAUAAUCCGUAAACAGCAGAGGCAAUCACCAACACAAGUGAUUCCCUUGGCCGACUAUUACAUCAUAGCAGGAGUGGUGUAUCAAGCCCCAGACCUGGGAACAGUUAUCAGCUCUAGAGUGCUUUCUGCAGUCCAUGGAAUUCAGUCUGCAUUUGAUGAGGCCAUUUCAUAUUGCCGCUAUCACCCAUCCAAGGGAUACUGGUGGCACUUCAAGGAUCAGGAGGAAAGAGAAAAAGCCAAGCCCAAGUCUAAGAAAAAAGAGGAGCCUAGUUCCCUGUUUCAGAGGCAUCGUGUUGACACACUCCUUUUGGACCUCAGAUCAAAAUUUCCACCAACAUUUUAUCAGCCUAAGCCUGGAGAGAAGCCCAUUCCAGUUGAGGUGAAAAAGGAGCCUGAACCUCCUACAGAAACCAUUAAACAAGAGGAGAGGGAGCCAGCCACCAAGUCCUCAGCUCCGGCUCCACCAAGUAAACCACCUCCUGAGAAGAGAGCAAGGCUACAGUAAUAGCCACAUCCUGUGGGAAGACGGAGAACUGCUGUGAAAACUCCUCUGGCUUUAACUGUAGUCAAACGUCUUCUCUCAUGGAGUGUUUCCGUGUCCGCUUAAAAACUGCAACAGCAUCCGUCUCUCAAUGGUCUGAGCUGAACUGGCACAAAGAGCUUCAGUUGCUUUUCUUCAGUUUUGUACCCUUGGCGGGCUUUAAGCAUAUUUCAGGUAAUAUUAUUGAGAGCAGGGUUUACAUGCUUGAUGUCAGCAGGCUUUUCAUGUUGGAUUAAGUGUUUUUUGAUGAUGCACUCGGAUCAGCUUUGGUGGUGAUUUACUGUUGGCAUCAGCAAUGUUUUUGUUGCAGCUACAAAAGAACUGUGUGAUGCUCUACCUAAUCUAAUCUGAAAUGUAAAAAGCCCUUUGCCACAAUCUUCUUUCUUUACUUACAUACAGUUAUAAUGUUGUGAAAGAAAUCCUGUUUUCAUGUUUUUUUGUAAUAAAAUAAAUGAGCAAUUAUAUAAAAUGUUUAGUUAAAUAAAAUUAACAAUCGUGAGUCUCUUAAUUACCUAUAUUAAGAGCUUUUGUUUCAUUCUUUGGUAAAAGCAUUUUUCAUAUACACUGUAAAAUCUAUUUUAGUUGUCUUCUGGCUAAAAUGUGUAUGAAGUUGUGUACUUAACUCCACUGUAUGUUGGUUGAUAGUUUAGAAAGAAUUUGCAUAUAAAGUCUACAUUUUGAUGCUUUUGAAGAAACAUUUUGUUUGCAGAUGGAACUUCUAUUGAAAAUCACUAAUUGUACCUCCAGUUAAAGUUUGAAAUGUUCAUUUGUAAUUCCAAGUUAUGUUACUUUGUACUCAUACACUUAAUAUAGAGAAAUUAUUUUUUGUCUAGUCACUAGUAAAUUUACUGAAAAAAUAAAUAAUU